CUCCUCCCCUUCAGUGGGAGUGUGGGGUGGGGGAGAUGGGGGCAGAGCCGGGGGCACAGCUGGACAGGCCUGUUUGCGGGGACAGGGCCCUGCACCUCUCCUUCCUCACUCCCCCUCCCGUUUCUUGCCCAGCCCCCCAAGAUGGGGCUUAGUGGGGCCGGGGCACUGCAGCCAGAGGUGGGGAGUUGAGCUCUGCCUGGACGUUUGCUCUGGUGACUGCCUCCUUCCCAACCUUCUGCAGAAGAGAGAAAUAAGGUCAAACAAACUUUCUCCCUACUCACGACGCCCUCCUCCCUCUUUCUUGAUUAUGUCUACUUUGAGAAUUCCUCCAGUAACCCGUAUCUAAUCAGAAGGAUAGAAGAACUCAACAAGACUGCAACUGGCAACGUGGAAGCAAAAGUAGUGUGCUUUUAUAGACGACGAGAUAUUUCGAACACGCUUAUAAUGCUUGCAGACAAGCAUGCUAAAGAAAUUGAGGAAGAAUCGGAAACCACAAUUGAAGCCGACUUGACGGAUAAACAGAAGCAUCAGCUAAAACAUAGGGAGCUCUUCUUGUCACGCCAGUAUGAAUCUCUGCCUGCAACGCAUAUCAGGGGAAAAUGCAGUGUUGCCCUUCUGAAUGAGACAGAGUCAGUAUUAUCCUAUCUUGAUAAAGAGGACACCUUUUUCUACUCAUUGGUCUAUGACCCUUCAGUGAAAACACUGUUAGCUGACAAAGGUGAAAUCAGAGUGGGGCCUAGAUAUCAAGCAGACAUUCCAGAGAUGCUCUUAGAAGGAGAGUCAGAUGAGAGGGAACAGUCCAAAUUGGAAGUUAAAGUUUGGGAUCCAAAUAGCCCACUUACGGAUCGACAGAUUGACCAGUUCUUAGUUGUAGCACGUGCCGUGGGGACAUUCGCUCGAGCCCUUGAUUGCAGCAGUUCUGUGAGGCAGCCAAGUCUGCAUAUGAGUGCAGCUGCGGCGUCUCGAGACAUCACCCUGUUUCACGCUAUGGAUACGUUGUAUAGGCACAGCUAUGAUUUGAGCAGUGCAAUUAGUGUCUUAGUACCACUUGGAGGACCUGUGUUAUGCAGAGAUGAAAUGGAAGAGUGGUCAGCCUCUGAAGCUAGUUUAUUUGAAGAGGCACUGGAAAAAUAUGGCAAAGACUUCAAUGACAUACGUCAAGACUUUCUCCCUUGGAAAUCAUUGACUAGCAUCAUUGAAUAUUAUUACAUGUGGAAAACUACUGACAGAUACGUGCAGCAGAAACGUCUAAAAGCAGCAGAAGCCGAGAGUAAACUGAAGCAAGUGUAUAUCCCAACUUACAGCAAACCAAAUCCCAACCAAAUAUCUGCCAGCAAUGGCAAACCUGGUGCUGUGAAUGGAGCCGUGGGGACCACAUUCCAGCCACAGAAUCCCCUCCUAGGGCGAGCCUGUGAGAGCUGCUACGCUACACAGUCUCAUCAGUGGUAUUCUUGGGGCCCACCUAAUAUGCAGUGUAGAUUGUGUGCAACCUGUUGGCUCUAUUGGAAAAAAUACGGAGGCCUGAAAAUGCCCACCCAGUCAGAGGAAGAGAAGUUAUCACCCAGCCCAACGACAGAGGACCCCCGUGUUAGGAGUCACAUGUCUCGCCAGGCCAUGCAGGGGAUGCCAGUCAGAAACACGGGGAGCCCAAAGUCUGCAGUGAAGACUCGCCAAGCUUUCUUCCUUCACACUACAUAUUUCACAAAAUUUGCUCGUCAGGUCUGCAAAAAUACCCUCCGGCUGCGGCAGGCAGCAAGACGGCCGUUUGUUCCUAUUAAUUAUGCUGCCAUUAGGGCAGAAUAUGCAGACAGACAUGCCGAGCUAUCUGGAAGUCCACUGAAAAGCAAAAGCACUAGGAAACCUUUGGCAUGUAUCAUUGGGUAUUUAGAGAUCCAUCCUUCGAAGAAACCUAAUGUAAUUCGAACUACGCCAAGCCUGCAGACCCCCACUACCAAGCGGAUGCUAGCCACCCCGAAUCACACGUCUCUGAGCAUUUUGGGGAAAAGAAACUACAGUCAUCACAAUGGCCUGGAUGGGGUACUACUGAAGCAGGACUCAGUGUCAGGAAAACCAGAGCAACUGGCUCAGGAAAGAGAAAGGCUCAUGAAGUGAAGGCCCAGCUCUGGUCCAUCCUGCAGACCUUCCUCAGGAUGGCGGGAGGCUGUGAAGAACUCACAUGCUGCGUGUCGGACUGAGCUAACCCUAUUUCAUACUAUAAGCCAAGACUCGCUACACUGUCCUGCUGAUGUUCGCAGUCAUGCCUGGGAAGGAGGCAGCCCCAUUUCCAGCACAUUUCAGUGGGAGACCUACACAUGUGCCCCCUGGAGACUCGGUGGGGCAGGGGAAGAAACUGUGGGAGUGCACGUCCCCAGAGCCGCGUCUCCAUGUGUGAAUCAGUGUCACCUCGCUUUCCUCUCAGAGACUUCACUGUCCCAUGGCGGGACCUGCCUGACAAUGGAGGGGACAAGGGGGCCCUCAGUCUCCUCCUUCUCCAGCACUCCGUUCCCAGGCACCGCGGCUCCUCGGGCAGCGGAGCGCCCGAGAGCUCAGAGCUGCUGCUGCCCUGCAUGUGUCAGCUCAGCCCUAUUGUCAGCGCCAUGAUGGUCUACGGGAGGGACAUGGCCGCUUUCUGAAUGGAUUUUUCUUAAGAAAAGUGCCAGUGUUUAUGCAGUUCAUGAUAGUCCCCUCUCCUUACCAUUACUGUCACUUGGCUUUUUCUCAAUAGGCUUCAUCUUCAUUUUUUUUUUUAAAUGAGGAAGUUUUGCUGUCACCCCUCUGUCCUAUAUUUGGCUUCCCCUCCUCUACCCUUCCUAGGUACAGAAUUAUGAGAUUCUGACAAAAAAAUUAAGAAAAUCUUCUUCGGUAAGCCUGCGAACUCUUCAUAUCAUCUGUAUUUUAUUGUUGGAGAGAGGCUGGUGUUCUACUAGGUGCUGCCUGGUCCCAGACAGCCCAAGCAAAAGCAGGUGUUGAAACCGAGCUGAGUGUAUAUCACUGUGACAAGCCAUUCGCGUACUGCCCUGUUCCCUGACAGCCAAGCCAGCCGCCGAGCAACCGCCGCCAGGUUAGUCCUUCAACGAGUCACAAAUCACCCAGGUUUAUUUUAAGCAGAUGAAAUCUGUUUGGCCUCGGAGGGUGAAAUGAGAGACGUGUGUUUGCAGGUGAGUGUGUAUAUAUGACACCACGAGCCCCCACCCUUCCAGUCCAGACAUUUCUGUGAACACACAUGCCUAGGCCCCGGGAGAUGUGCCUGUGACCCAGUUUUCACUGGCUUUGGGCUCUUCCUGUCUGCCCUCAGCACCAGCCCUUGCUGGCCGUACAGGCUGGCCAUUCUGCAGCUCUGUGCACACAGCUUCAGGCAUGUGAAUAACUUAGUGCCCCCACAACUCCCCUGAGCAGACAGGAGCCUGGCCACUCCCUUGUCCUUCAUUUGCAGGGACAGGCUGCAGGGCACAGGCUCACAGCACCGUGAAAGGAAACCGGAGUCUGGCCUUAGAGCUGUCCCUGGGGUCUGUAGCCAGAUGGCCAAACAGCCAGGUGGUCUCAGGACAGAAUGACUCAACUCAAUUGUAAUUGAGUUGACACUCCCCAGCCCCCCACCCCCUGCCCCCCAGCAGAGUGAGGUCUCAUUAAAAUGACGAUGACACUGUAGAUGCCCAGAUCCUCAGAGGCUGGGUUCAGCUCAGCAAAGAGAACGUGAUGGAUGAUGACUGUCGGCGAUGCCCAGAGUUCAAGCUGCCUUUUCCUUCUCCUGUUUUGCAGCUAGCGUGGUUCCUCUUCUGAGGCAUUGCUUCUUAUCUUUGGCUCUUGCAAGGAUGACCUGGGGAUGUUCUCACAACUGCCAGCUCUUGGAGCUGUUCUGAGUCUUGCCCUGUGUUAGAGGUGCCCAGUGAGUAGGGCGGAGGUGACAGGCAUCGCCCUUAGGGAUCCCCAGAGAGAAGCCCCUCUGAAAAGACCCAGGGAGAGGAGGCAGCUGGCUCUCUGCAUCACACGCCACAUGGUGUGUUCUUUCUAAAGAAAGACACAGGAAGGCUGUCUGCAUGUCCUGCCUGGGGUUUACUGUAGACUUAGGAGGUGCCAUGGCUCCCUGGCCCUUUCCCGCCCUCUCCUGACCCUGUGAAAUGUCACUGUUGUUUACAGAAAAUCCGCUUCCGUGUCCCUGCUGCCAAGCUUCUCCGCCUUUUGGGAGAGGCCCUCCUCACCCAGGCCCAGGAGACUUGGAGAUUGAGGCCAACCCCAGGCUGCAGGGAGAACAGGGAGCCCCCGGCCCUAGGUGUAGUUCACACCGAGCUCUGGCAAAAGUGCAGCUUGUUUUGAGCCACAUGUACCGAGAAAGCUCUUCCUUCACCUUGUAGUAAGAACUCCUGGUUCUUCAGCCCCGUCCUACAAAGAGGAGGCUCCCCAGCAUUCUGACUGAACACUCGAGGGAAUAGAGGGACAACACCCAGGAGCCCCUAACAUUUGCCUUCGCCGUUCUGAGCACUUGGUGUGAGAGGGCUUCCCAGCCACCCCCUUCCUGGGGCCACAGUGCCUCCAUGGCGCGUGCUGGGGACAUGUCACCAGGUGCAGUGCGCUUGUGGGGUGGACAUGCGGGGUCUGUCUGCACGGCCCACAGCAGCUUUACCCGGAGGCGCUGUGCUGAGCCUGGUCUGUGCUCCCUUGGAUGAGGACACAGAAGCUCACAAGCCGUCUUCCCACUCUGCCUCACCACCUGCCCACCCCUAGAGAUGGUGCAAAAGAGGACAGACUGGUUUUCAGCCCACCUCUCACAGCUCCACUUUGCCCACAGCCCGGUUUCUGUCAGUCAGCAUCCAACCAGGGACACACAGCCACUCCAAAUAUUUAAAACAGGGGUUUUCAUCCAGAGAAUUAUGGAACACAGCAACAAGAAGAGGCCCAACUCAGGUGGGGAACAACAGCAGGAAGCGGCCACCCCCUCCCCUCCCGGAGGCUGGUAGAGGCCACGUUACCAGAGCGCAGGGAUUAGGGCCCCUGGGAGGAACAGGGGACCACACAAGGCCUAUCUGGUGGGAGCUGGGGCCUCAAGGAGGCAUGGAGGCUGCUGGAAACAACCCCCCAGGCAGGUGUGGGGAGAAAUAGCCUGGCUUCUUCUUUUCUCAUGUCCUAUAGGUUCUUCAGGUGCCUCUUAGUUCAAUCUGGCUGGAAGCCAGCUGAGCUGGGGUCCUGGGACAAGCACACACCCCUGCCACUCAGAGCAGGGGGCGGAGGUAGAGGAGGGGUCUGAGCGCAGGCAGGCUGGCGGACGACCCCGCGGAGGGGAGAUGCAGGCCCCGUGGAGGUUCUGCAGAUCACUCACCUAGAGAGGAAAACGUCCUUGGGAGGGAGGGAUAAAGCCUUAUUCUCAGUAGUCGUCCCUGUUUUCUUUUGGGGGAAUUUACCUGUUUAGCAGCCCCUCGCCAUUCCCCUCAGGAAAGCCAUGUCCCAGUUUUCUGUCCAUCCCUCCCCUCCGUUCCUCUGCCCCCAAUUUCUGAUUUGCCCUGCCAGAGAGCACUAGCACAUGCAUCAGCGGUCAUGAGUGUUUUCCCGGGAUAAUUCAUUCAGAGCGCGGUAUUACUGUGGACUGUCUGUAAGUAGGUACCAUCUACUAAUCAAUUUGUGUUGUGUUUCCAAUAAAUUUCUGGAGAUCAUGUCUGGUUUGAUGCUGUCCUUUGCUGGGAUGGUGGCUCUGCUGCGAGGCGAGGCUCUGUGUGUGCUUGGCCCAGCCCCCAGCAGCAGAUGCUCCUCAUCUUGGGUUCCCUCUCCCCGUGCCUAGCUCACAGAUCAGCCCGGUGAGGCUGACCUUCCCCCACCACUCUGAGACUCUCAGACACUGAUCCCCAGGGUCUGCAUUUUCUUCUGCGGUCUCAUCAGCCACAUCCUGAGGACAUGGGGGUUUCCUGAAAGGAGGUGGCCUUGGACCCUUGCGUCCCCUCCCCCGGAGGUAGGAGGAGCGGCCCUUCCCCAUCCACCACUCUCUUGCACUGCUGUGCCCAGUGCUGCCCCCCCCCCACCCUGGGUGAGAGCGAGGCUCCAGAGCAGAUGAAGCGGACCCAGGAACUGCAUGUCACGCAGAUGGAAGAUCCAGCACCUUCUUCUCAGGCCUGUAAGUAGAAAAGAAAUGUCGGAGUUUUUGUAAAGGGAGAGGGAGCCUGAUCCCAACGGCGGCAUUCUCCCCUGUUGCCUGAGUGCCCUGAGUGUUGAAACCUGCUUAGUAAAAAUGAGUCUGUUGUGUAUUUUACUGCUUCACACCUGUUUGUGGUGUAGACUGUGUCCCCAGGGCUGUGUUAGAGCCUUUGGAGCUUCCCUUGGGACCCUUCAGCCCCAGUCUGUGAAGGACGCGUGUUUGGGACCCCUGUUUGCCGGGAUUUGUG